AUGAGCGCCGCGACCGCGUCCGUCGCGGCUCCGCGGCUCACGUCGCGGCGCGCGCGCCGUCUCCGCGACGACGCGCGCGCCCCCGUCCAUCGCCCCCGCCGCGCCUUCCCCCCGCGCGGCGCGCGCGCGGCGGCGCAGGACGACGACUUCGCGGUGUUCCGCUUCACGCUCGGGAUCCCGGGGUUCGACGACGCGGACAUCCCGCGCGUCGUCGGCCUCCUCGGCGCGGGGCUCCUCGUCGCGAACCACCUCGCGUCGUCCAACCCGUCCGACGCGCAGGCGCGAACGGAGCUCGUCGGCGCCGCGCUCUCCGCCGCGUGCGUCGCGACGCCGUACUUCGGUCGCCGAAUCGACGAGGCGAGCGCGGGCGUCCGCGGCGGCGCGCUCGACGUCCCGGGCGCGGAGCAAGUCUUCGCGUUCGCGGACGACGUGGACGACGCCGCCAAGGCGGACAUCGCGUGGGGGACGUACGCGCUGCUGACGCAGACGAACGCGCGCGGGGUGAUCGUGCUGGACGCGGACGGGCGCGUGCGAUGCGCGCGAGGGUCCGUCAGGCUGCCGUCCACGGGCGUCGCGCCGCCGGGGCCGUCGAGCGCCGUCGUCGCGGACCUGACGCGGACGAUUCGCGCGUCGGGGUGCGUGCCCGACGGCGGCGAGGAGGAGGUGUACCUCGCGGAUCGAGGCGCGAUCGAUCGCGUCGGCGCGAACGAGUGGGGGUGGAUGCCGCCGGGCGCGGAGUCGGUGUUCGUCGCGAGGAACCUCCUUCUGGCGUCGGACGAGCCGAGGGCGUUCUCGAAGAAGCAGAGGAGCUGGGCGCGCGCGAUCGCGAAGAAGCUGAGUUAG